AUGAAAGCACGAUAUGAUGUGAACACCCGACCACGAGUCGUCGCGCCUAACGAAAGUGUCUACACGCUACUAGAACACGAAACGAACUGGUGUCAAGCGGUAGUUCGAAUAAGCGAGGGGCAAAUAGUAGAACUAGAGUUAGAAGAUGGGAGAAUUGUGCGUCGACAUCUGGACCAAGUUCGCAGACGAACGGACACAGCAAGUGGAGAAUUCGGAAAGCUCGAACUGCCGGCAACCCUUGAUAGGGAUCCUUGCAUCCAGAGGACUGAACACCUACUGCCUGCGCAGAGCACUACGCCACCGACCGAGACGUACGUUCCUCCUCCUCCUCCUCCUCCUCCCCUCAUCCUCCUCCUCCCCUCCUCCUCCUCCUCCUCCUCCUCCUCCCCCUUUUCCUCCUACCCCGGCCAGCACUAA